UGCCUCUUUAAAAGAGGCGUGGUCACGUGGUACUGUGUCACGUGACUUAAUUGAGUGGACACUUUUGAGACCAUCGAGAGAAACAUUAAGACUUUCUCCAUCUUUUUUAUUCGUCACUCUUCAACUUGGCGUCUGAUGGGACUCUUGUGGACUCCAUUGUGACAAAGAAGACGGUUUGAAGGAGCUCACAUGCAGGCGAGUGACGUCACCUGCUGCCUUCGUCAACAUGGGAAGUUUGGUCAUAAUCGCAGCUUUUAACAUCAAAACGUGCAUCCUAGGCUUGACCCUGCUGACCCUGAGCGCCGCCCUCGUCUGUCCUGAUGGCGGCGUGUGCGAGGACCAGAGCACCUGCUGUAAGAACGCCAUGGGAGGAUACGGAUGUUGCCCACUGUCACGCGCCGUGUGCUGCUCAGACGGCCUCCACUGCUGCUUUGAGGGCAGCGUGUGUGACGUCCUCCAUGACAGGUGUGUCAACAAGACCGCCUCCCUUCCUUGGGCCAGCCCACUUCCUGCGCAGCAGCUGAGUCAGCGAGCGGCGGCCAUCAUGUGUCCUGACCAACAGUCCGAGUGUCCGGACGCCACCACGUGUUGCCAGCUUCCUGACAGCUCCUGGGGCUGCUGCCCGUUACCCAAGGCGGUGUGCUGUGAGGACAAGCGUCAUUGUUGUCCUGAGGGAAGCACAUGUGACAUUUCCAAGUCCAAAUGUGUCUCUCCUUCGGGCAGCUGGCGCCCCCUGCUGGCCAAACUGCCCGCCAAGACCAAGGAUGACCACGGUGUCGGCGUGGCGUCAGUCACAUGUCCCGGCGGCUGUCCCGACACCUUCACCUGUUGCCUGCUUGUGGGCGGAGACUAUGGAUGCUGUCCUCACACGCAGGCCGGGUGCUGCCACCAUGUCCACUGUUGCCCUGGCAACAGCACAUGUGACCUGCAGCGUGGCGUGUGCCAAUCAGCUGAUGCUCAAGUAACACACCUUAAGAAACUUCCUGCAUCAGCCGGUAACGUAGUGGUGUUGGCAGAGAAGAGCGAGUGUGACGAGUCCACCUGGUGUUCCGGAGUGUCCACCUGUUGCAGGAGCGUGAGCGGGGGUUGGGCCUGCUGCCCCCUGGAGCAGGCCGUGUGCUGCAGUGACCACCAGCACUGCUGUCCUCACGCCAAGGUGUGCAACCUGAAGGCACAGACGUGUGACGACCCCUCAGGUGUGGCCCCGCCCCUGCCCUGGCUCACUAAGGUGGAGCCCGCACAGCUCCGCCUCCCUUGGCCCAGAAAGUCAUGUGACGAGCGGACCAGCUGCCCCAAAGACACCAGCUGCUGCUUCAUGAAGAGGACGCGCACCUGGGGGUGUUGCCCACUGCCACAGGCCGUGUGUUGCGAGGACGGCGAGCACUGCUGUCCCGCCGGACACGUGUGCGAGCCACACCGCGCGUCCUGCUCCAGAGGACGGCGUGCGGUGCCCUGGCUGGCCAAGGUGGCGGCGAGCACGGUGGCGGACGUGAAGUGUGACAACAAGAGCAGCUGCGCGGCAGGAAGUACGUGCUGCAAGCUGCCCGACGGAGAGUGGGGCUGCUGCCCGCUGGUCAAGGCCGUGUGCUGUGCGGACCGGGAGCACUGCUGCCCGCAGGGAUACACCUGCAACAUGGAGACGGGAACGUGCGAGAAGACCACGCCCAUGGCGGCGCUCCCUGCCGUCACGCCGUGUGACGCCACCGCCGCGUUCGGCUGCCCCGAGCGAGAGACGUGCUGCAGGAGCUCCGCCUCCCAGUGGGCCUGCUGCCCCUCCCCCGGGGCCACCUGCUGUGCCGACCUGAGACGAUGUUGUCCCGCCGGCUUCUUCUGCGACUUGAAGACUGGCGGCUGCAGCCCGGCUCCGCCCACCUGGAACACAGGUGCAGAGCUCUAACCUGCCUAUCAUUGGAUGUGACUCCGCCCCCUCGUGGGCUGUCUCCAUGACAUGUGAUGUCAUUGGAUGAAAAUGAGGCAAUGCAGGAAGUGUGAAAUUUCAUCUUUUUGUUGAGUAAAGAUUAGUUUGGUUGUUCA